AUGCCAAUCACAACCCGCCAAACGGUGUCAACUACUCGUGGUGGAACCACAACUCAACAUCAUGUCAUCCCAAUGUGGACUAUCAAGCUGAUCACUGCGGUAUGACAUUUUUCAUCGUUUCUUUGUUACUGCUUUUUGGAUUUUUUUGAAACUUAGGAUGUUUAUAGGCAAUCAUAGUGUGGUAGUAUGUGUGAAAUUUUACUUUGGUUUAUAGUACCAGUUUUGAGAAAUUUGGAUUUAAAAAUUUGAAUGCUUGAAUUUCCCGCCAUUUUGGCAUUGUGUUUUAAGCUUUGAAAAUUGAUGUUUUUUGAACUUUUUGGAUAUUUUUGAAUAAUUUAAGGCUAAAAACUUCUAAUUUUAAGGAUUUACAUUGUUUUUCUUUCAGAUCCUCAGCAUUGUAGUACUAGUCCUAGUACUCCUCCAAUCUACAAACCACUGGCAACGAUACACUAAAACCUAUCUCUGUAUCGUCCUCACGAACGGAUACCUCCUCGGAUGGUCUUUGCCAAGUGUUUUGAACCGAUUCCUACCCUUCCACAAGGUCGAUGUUGCUUUACAUACCUUCAGUUGUGUCAUCACCGUACUGGCCCUAGUACUGUCGGCCAUUUACUUAUUGGACAACAGAGACUACUCAAGAACUGAUGAUUAUCGUCUCAUGAUUGGAAUUACGAUUUGUGUCUGUGUUGAAGCCAUUUUACUGUUCAUUUUGGUAUCUUGGGUCUGCUAUGGCAAUUACACCAUCGUUGACUCUCGCUAA